AAUCUGGGAUAAAGUUGAAAAAAAGGUUUCGGAAUUUAGUGAAGAUGAAUGAACAGGGUAUGCCUGAUCAGGUAAAAGUGAAGGACCCGUGGUCGGAACAUAAAUGAGGCCCAUUUUACACUAUUCACAAGUUAAAUAAAUAUGGGCAAUUAAGCUGUAACCACAGCCUAGAAUAUAUUUGUUGUGCUUUCUAAUAUAAAUAUAAAUGUCUUUUUUUCGUAAUGAUUUACCUUCUAAAUUCUGAAAAUGCCGGUGCGAUAAAACAAGAAUAGCUUUAAUUACUUUUUUCAAACGUUUGAUUUUCAAUAUUAUCAGAUUCCAAGCUAAUGGUCUAAUGCAAACUGCCUAGUGGCUAUUAAAGACUUUGAUUUCUAAUAAACUCAUCUGUGUGAAUUGCCCUGUUAACUAAAGGGCGGGAAACAGAAGGUUUUCCAAGAAAUCUUCGGUAAAGUGAAUAUUGUGAGCGUGAUGUAGCAACAAAUGACAGGCGCGUGGGAAAUAUGCAGAAUCAGGAAAGCAAGAUUCCGUUGCAGCUUUGAAAGAAAACCUGUCGGAAUAAAGAUCCACGCUUUGUUGUGUUAAUUCGAUAGGUGCAUUCUAGCCUUGUUGAUGAUCCAAAGUAGGCCGCUGAGGAACACGUUGGAAGAGCUCAUUAUUUGCAUGGAGAAGGAUUUGGUCGAUCCAAUUUUCUGGUCUUUACUGAAGUUGUGACUGGUUACCGCAGAUUUGCAACAUUGCUCCCGGCAAAGAAAAGCAGCUGUUUGCUUAUUCCGACCGUCGCCCCCACCCCACCCCCUUGAAAAAACACACACGCGCACAUAUCGUCGCUAUCCUUUCUUCAUCCUUAUUAUUAAAUAUGAAACGAAAGCUUGCUUAUGGAAUAAAUCCGCAGGAGGUUAUAUGAAUCAGCUUUAGCCUUUAAUCUCAAUUCCCACAAGAAAGACACACGCAAUCUGCAAAUUUCUGAAAGUAAGUUCGCUGCAAAAAUCUAAUCGUUUUGCUAUUUUGUUGAAAUUUUAAUACCAUGAAAAAGUCAUUCGUCUCUGACGGGUUUCUGUGAACAAAAUAGUAUUUCUAUCCUGUGAGUUGUUUGCUUCUGACUUUAAAUAUAUUAGCCCCUUCCCAGUACUACACAAACUAGCGAUAAUCUUGUAUGUUACUCUGGUGAAAUGUUACAUAUUCAAAAUCCCUCACAUUAAUUUAGUGCUUUUUGCCUUAUGAUAGUUUUAUGUUCCUCUAUGAAAUAACAAGUCGAUGCCUGCGUUAUCAAUGCAGUAGCCCGGUACAACCUCAAUUCAAUGAGAAAAAUAAAUUCCCUCUUCGCCCUCCCCGUCGGAACAGCAUUGUGGGAGUUGUAUUUCAUGCACAAGGGUCAAAUUAUUGCGGAAUAUCAAAGAUGUAACUACAGAUACCAGAGCCCACCACGAUCACGUCCCCGCGUUAUUUCCAGAUCACUGGCGCCACCCCUGUGUUCUUCUACAUCGUUGCCACGAGAGAGAGAGAAAAAAAACGCUUUCCUGUGCGGCUUACGACGAUGUCAAUCAUCCGAGGGGCUCCAUGAGAACCUCGUCCAAGGAGCUGAAACAAACAAAUAGGCAGCAAAAGAGCAGGACGAAAUAUAAGUUUGUAAUAAGACAAAUAACGCGGAUCUUGUUCUGCGUGCAGUCCGCUUCGAUUGUCAGGCCGGGGAUCGCAGAAGGCAGUGCAGUCUUACAAGGUCAGAUAACCAACCAAUCAAAUCCGACAUAAUGACUAUUCAUGCCAACUUAGAAUAAUAUUAUUAAAAACCAAGCGAAAGCACUCCGGACGUCUUCAAAUGCAGUAUGUUGGGACUUCUGUGAAAGAAAGAUUUUUAUACGUCUACAACCAAAAAGCACUGGCAGAGAUUUCAACCUUCAAGUGAAGGAGAGACACGGUGAAAACUUUUUGUUUCCACCCACUGCGGACCUGGAUGUGUUUUUUAGACUAUUUCAAGGCACGGGAGAUAUGUCGAUGCUUCCAACGUUUGGUUUUACUCAAGAGCAAGUGGCGUGCGUGUGCGAAGUCCUUCAACAAGGGGGUAACAUCGAGCGGCUCGGCCGCUUCCUGUGGUCAUUACCAGCCUGCGAGCAUCUGCAUAAAAACGAGAGCGUUCUCAAAGCAAAGGCCGUGGUGGCUUUCCACCGGGGUAAUUUCCGCGAACUCUACAAGAUCCUGGAGAGUCAUCAGUUCUCUCUGCACAACCAUCCCAAGCUGCAGCAGCUGUGGUUAAAGGCUCACUACAUCGAAGCCGAAAAGUUGCGGGGGCGGCCGCUGGGGGCCGUGGGCAAGUACCGCGUCCGGCGCAAAUUCCCACUGCCGCGCUCUAUCUGGGACGGCGAGGAGACCAGCUAUUGCUUUAAGGAGAAGUCGCGCAGCGUCCUGCGGGAAUGGUAUGCGCACAACCCCUACCCUUCUCCUCGGGAAAAGAGGGAAUUGGCCGAAGCCACCGGCCUCACCACCACACAGGUUAGCAACUGGUUCAAGAACAGGAGACAGAGGGACCGGGCCGCCGAAGCCAAGGAAAGGUACGAAGAAAACAGCGAGAACUCGAAUUCAAACGUCACGCCCGGCGGCCACAACCAAAUGAAUCCUUCAAUGAAUGGGAACAAAAACAUGCUAGCGAGUUCGGACGAGGAAAAGACUCCAUCCCAGACGCCAGAUCACACUUCCAGCAGCCCCGCGCUGUUGUUGGGAUCCCUGGGCCAAAGUUCCAACUCCAGCAUGCAGCCACUGCACUCUCUGGCCGCGCCCCCGGGUCCUAGUGCCGUUGCGGUACCCAACUCAGAUGUUAUACACCAUCACGCUUUACAAGACUCCAUGCUCAAUCCCAUGUCAUCCAAUUUGGUUGACCUUGGCUCGUAAACAAAAAUCGCAAAUCCUUUUAUCUUCGAACAAGUAAAGACUCUCAAGAUUAUCCUUUAUAUAUUUUACUUGACAUUUAAGCGAUGUGCAUAAAAAAACUAGCGGAUAUUUUGUCAACCAUGGGAAAGAAUGAUGGAUAUAGCAAUUGGAGUUUUAAGGUACUGUAUUAGAUCACAUAAGAGAUUGGCGCAGCAAAGUCUUAAGGUUUUUAUAUAAUGUACGAUGAUUUGUGUAGACAGACACGUUUUUAUUUUGCUGGUCACAAGUUCACAAUCUCGAAUUCUUGCUCCCACUUAAAAUUACACCACAUAUCUAUAUAUCCAGGUAACAAGAGUGAAUAGGUUUGUAAUCGCGUGCAAAGCGAACAUUUUAAGUUUUGAUAAAAAUUUAAAAAAAACACGCUGUAGGAAGAUCAUUUACCUGUAGGUGAAACCUGUGCAGAAAGCUGGCUUUCCUGUAGUAAGAUGCGUGGAACGUGUAAUCGCAGCUAUAUUGGACUGAAACAGUCAGUUAAAAUAAGCAAGCAUUAUGAAUUAUAUCGGUCUACAAGAAGGAAUACUCACGCGCUGGAUAACAAUUGUUUUAUUACUGUUUAUAUUAUAAUUGACUACAAUCUUGGGGGGGGAGGGGGAAAUCCUGCUUAUUUUAUAAUAAAAACAAGACAAUCUAACGUC